AUGAGAACUAAUUUGCUUUCCGUUGUUCUUUUAUCCAUACUAAUCAUUCCAAUUGCAAGCUAGAGAUAAUGUAGAUCAAGUUCUGAAUGUGCUGCUGGAUUUUGCUGUGCCUUUACAUAAGUUACUUCUGUUGGCAUUGAUUUAAAAAUAGUCUAUUAGACAUGCAGAAACUAGACAGUUGUUAAAAGCUAUUAAAAUGAGUUACAUGUUCAGAGUUUAUCAAUCCCUGAUUAUGCUAAUAUCCAUUAAAUAUUAUUUGAAAUAACAUAUUGCAUAACUGCUAACUCAACAUCGAAUAUUUUGGGAUAUUGA